AUGGGCACGAGGUCCGCGACGGCGACCGAGAUGGCCCUAGCCAUCGGUGGCGUCGGCGUCGAUGAGUCCUCCGCGCUCGGGAGGAACGUGUUCGGCGUCAAAAGGGUGGUCUUCCCGGUCGCCCAGAUGUCCGUCCCGGGUCGGCGGCGCCUCGGGAAGCGGCUGAUGUCGGAGCUCGACGCCGUGCGCGAUCUCCUCAGUAGGGCGGAGCUAUAUUCCUGCGUUUCUGGCGCAGCCGGCAAGGGCGACCGGCUCUUUGCCCCCGGUGCGCCAGUGGAGGAGGAUGAUGGGUGCAGAGCGGCGAAGAGCAGAAAGGUAUCUCCUUUCGCGGAUCGCGCAAGGGAGUCGAAGCGAGAUGAUAGGGAGCGGCUGGCCGGCCGCCUGGCCUCGAUGGUGGCGGUGCUGCCGGAUCACGUCGUCGCGUUCCUGCAGAACCGACGCGUUGGGGAUGCCGAUUCCCGCGGCGACGACGGCGAGAUCGAGAUGGACGACGUGCACUCCAUGAAAGAUGGUGCUCUGUUCCAGCUGAAGAUGUUGCUGGACAAGUUCGCGCCGGAGAGCUCGCCCAAGUUGCUGGUGGACAAGUUCGCGCCGGAGGUGAGCACGCCGAAGAGUUGCGGAAGGUGCGCACCACUGGCUGCCUCCGGCAUCAUCUGCCUGUCGCAGGCGCAGCACCAAGAAGCAGGAGCCAGAAUGCCCCCGGUGCAAGAGGAGGAGGAGGAGGGCAUCAACAUCUGUGGCGGCGUCUCUCGCAUAGAGAUCCGGGACAUCGCCGAGGAGUACGGCGAGCUCGUGAAUGACAUCGGUGUUCAGCUCCUGUCGCCGCUCCAGCGCAAGUACGUUGAUCUCGCCGAGGAAGACAGGUACGUUGACAUCUGCGGCGACGCCUCUCCUGUCGUGUUCCCGGCCAAGACCUGCGAUAGCAGCAGCCCAAGCUUAAGCACGAGCAGUGACUCCGAUGCAACGUCCACUGAUUCCGACUCAAGCAGCAGCUCGCCGGAGGCUCUUCCCAAGGAGCAUUCAUGUUGCAGAGCCGGAGAACCAGUGCCGGCGCCUGAGUCUGAUCUUAUCCAAGGCAAACACAAUACGCAGCCACCAGAGCCGGCGCCUGAGGCGAUUCAUAUCGCAGAGCCGGAGAACCAGUGCGCCCCGGCGACGGUGUUCGCGGUCACCAAAAGCCCACCUUCGCUGACGGUUCUUCCCAAGGAAUGUGGCACCCUUGCUCAGCCACCAGAACAGGCACCGGAAACUGUCCAGAUUGCAGAGCCAGAGGAGCUUAAGGAAAAGUGUGCGGCGCCCGGGGCUACGGUGCACCCCAUCACCGGCAGCGCACCUCCGCCUGCGGUUCUUCCCAACGAGAAUGGCAUCUCUUCUCAGCCGGCACCGGUGCCGGCGCCAGUGGCGGCGCAGAUUGCAGAGCCGCAGCCACAGCCACAGCCACAGACGAGCGACCUGAUCGACAUGGCGCGACAGGAGGGGAAGAGGCGUGCGAUGGCCAAGGCCCGCCAGGAGCUUCUCAAGCUGCAGAGGGCGGCGCUGCCCGACGAGCGCAUCCAUCCGCUGGACAUGGAGCUGCUGGGCAUCGCGGCGUUCGAGCACGUCGUGAGCACCGUGCGGGACGCGCGCACGGCGCAGCCCCAGGUGAACGAUGAAGUUGACCUCCGUGUCUCUCCCGGUCGCCCCAGCAUAUUGCAGCAGCUGGGGGUCUUCCUGAAGGCCGAUGGCGACGGCGAGGAGGAGCAGCUGCCACCGCUGGCCGUCGCUUCUGAUGGUGAAGACAUGGACAUGGAGAUAGAGGACGGGCAGAUUCUCUAG